AUGCCUGUUAUCUCCCGCCUAAUCUCCAUUGUCUUUCGCGUUGCGCAAAUUGUUUGCGGUGCGGUCGUCGCCGGUAUCAUCGGUCACUACCUUGCCCAAUACAGCGGUGACGCAUGGCCUGAGGCCCGCUGGAUCUACACCGAAGUUGUCGCCGGGUUAUCAAUCCUCCUUGGCCUGAUAUGGCUCAUACCAUUUUCCUCUGGAUUCUUUUCCUGGCCAUUUGACGUCAUCAUCUCCCUUGCGUGGUUUGCCGCAUUUGGUAUCCUUGUCAACGCCAUUCACAAGUUCAGCUGUGGCAGUAUCUGGCACUGGGGUGGUCUCUACCGCAACAAUACUUGCAGUCGCUGGAAGGCUGCUGAAGCGUUCAGUUUCAUCUCCGCUAUUGUCUGGCUUGCUUCAGCGCUUGUGGGUCUUUGGUUCACUUUCCGUGUCAGGAAGGAUAGCACUGCUCCUACCUAUGGUCGCCGUCGCUUCUUCGGCCGCUCCGCCGUCUAAACAUGACAAAUUUCCAGUGCUAAUCCAUUGGUCCAUUGCACCAUGGACUACGAAUACCCCAUCUAACGGAGACUUGGAAAUGCCGCGCAUGUGCUUUGCGCCACGCAACUUUCUCGAUUCCAACGCUCUUUUCACGUGAAACGUUGAUUAAUGCUUCUAAUACAUGAUUACCGCCGACACUAGUACUAAUAUUGCUCGAGAUUUUGC